GCGCUGAUUUUUGAACUCUUGAAAGAAUGUUCAAACUUUAUCAGACAGGUGUGGCUCUGCUGCUGGAGAGGGAAUAAACCAUUUAACCUCUGAUUUUAACAUCGGACGUUUUUACAUUAUAUGUCAGCCACACUAUCAUAGAAACACAAUCGCACAGCAGCAGAGAGACACGAUGGAGUCUGUGGUGAACCUGAACAACCAGUUCCAGAGCUUCAGAGCCCAGGUGGAGAGCAUGCAUGAGGGCAUUGAACCACAGUUCCUCCAGAUGGCAUCAAACUUUGAGGAGUGCCGGCAGAAGUGGCAGCGGUCAGGUGACGAGCUGGUUUCCACUAAGGAGGUGCUGGCUAAAACAGAGACGGAAAGGGGAGCCCUGGAGGUCAAACUGAAGCAUGCCCGCAACCAAGUGGAUGUGGAGAUCCGCCGGCGGCAGAAAGCUGAGGCAAUCUACGAGAAGCUGGAACGUCAGCUACAGCUGAUCCGAGAGCUGCUGAUAUCAGAAAACAACGGUAACAGUGUCCACCUGAGUGAGGAGCAGCGCUCCGCCCUGGCCUUCCUCAGUUCCCACUCCCAGGCAGCACAGGCUGCUAAAGCCAACCUCAACUCCAGUCGAAAAUUAACUACCAUUGAUGAAUCAGCUUCUUUGCUCUCAGACAUCAGCUACGAUCAAACAGACGACUCUCUGGACUGGGAUUCCUCUGUGAUGAAGACUGUGAAACUGAGAAAGCGCCAGAAACGACGUUCCUCCAGAAAACUCUUAGAGGUUCCUCCACAGGCACUGAAGAAACCUCGCUCCUCUGGACGCACAUCAGAAAGGAUGAAUGAGUCUAUAAUUGCCAAAACCACCAUCACUGUGCCGGUAAAUGGCGGUGCUGUAGAAGCGGUCUCUACUAUUGAAACCGUGCCGUACUGGACACGCAGCAGAAAGAGCGUUGCUCCAGCAUGGGGAGACACAACCACUACUGACCAAUCAGAGACGGCCAGUGAGGCUCCCAGCACAGCAGUCUCAGAUUACACCGCCAAGCUCCGAACCCCCAGAACUAACAACAGAGGAGGAAAGAAGCACCAGUUCAUCGGAAAAACAGUGAUCAAGUCUGAGGUGUGCGUACCAUGUGGGAGAAAAACAAAGUUUGGGAAGAUGUACCUGCGCUGCCAGGAUUGUCGGCUUGUGACCCACCCAGAGUGUCGUGACAGUUGCCCCCUGCCCUGUAGCCCCACAGCGGUCAGCACUCAGAUCAAGAACACAGAGAGCACCCUGGCUGACUUUGCUCCAGCCUGCUCCCCGAAGAUCCCAGCGUUGGUUAUCUACUGCAUUAAGGAGAUAGAACACAGAGGCCUACACGAGGUUGGCCUCUACAGAAUCUCCGGCCAAGAGCGCCAUGUGAAAGAGCUGAAGGAGAAGCUGAUUAGAGGAAAGACUCUGCCUCCGCUUCACAAAGUGGAAGACAUUAAUGUCAUCACAGGUGUCCUCAAAGACUUCCUUAGGAACCUCCCAGAGCCACUGCUCACCUUCCACCUCAACAAAGUCUUCAUGGAAGCAGCCGAAAUCCAGGAUGAUGGCAACAGUCUCGCCAUGCUGUUCCAGGCCAUCAGUGAGCUGCCACAGCCCAACCGAGACACUCUGGCCUGCCUGAUGAUCCAUCUGCAGAAGUAA